UCUAGUUUUUUUCUAGUAGUAAACUUUAGUAACAUCGAGUACAAAAAACUCGAUCGAUAUCGAUAUAGCCAUUAAUCGAAUAUAAAAACAUCGGAUGAACAAUCGAUCUCGUAAUAAAAGAAGCAUCGAUGUUCCAAUAAUCGAGUGAGAUUUUUGUCCAUUCCUACUGUGGUCGAACGAACGGAUUGUAACAAAAGUUUCACAAGAUAAAUUUUCUUUGCCAAAAAGAUUAUAAAGGUAUAAAAUCUUUCGAACAGAAUCAUGCCAAAAGUACGGCGAAGUAAAAAAGCGCCGCCUGAGGGUUGGGAAUUAAUUGAACCCACUCUGGAAGAACUGGAACAAAAGAUGCGCGAAGCCGAAACGGAACCUCAUGAGGGUAAACGAAAACAGGAGUCUUUGUGGCCGAUAUUCAAGAUACAUCAUCAGAAAUCUCGCUACAUAUAUGAUUUAUUUUACCGACGAAAGGCUAUCAGCCGUGAAUUGUACGACUAUUGUCUAAAUGAAAAUAUAGCAGAUAAGAAUCUAAUUGCCAAAUGGAAGAAGAUUGGUUAUGAAAAUCUUUGUUGUUUACGAUGUAUACAAACCAGAGACACCAAUUUUGGCACAAAUUGCAUUUGCAGAGUGCCAAAAGGCAAACUCGAGGAAGGCCGCAUAGUAGAAUGCAUACAUUGCGGUUGCAGGGGAUGUUCUGGUUGAACAUGCGUAGAAAGAGAGAGUAUAAACAUCUUUUAUAAGAACAAAAAUUCUAUAUCGCAUCCUUGAUGUGCUCUUAAUUUUCUCGUCAUAGUCCUUAAAGACUCUGAUUCUGAAGCAUUUAUCAGGAAUGCUAUUAGUCUUUAUAAGAUAUAACAACGUGUACACAUAAGUACAAAAUAUAUAGGAAGAUAUCAUCAUCCAUUGGUUUCUCCUUAUGAAGUUGUAGAUGAAUAUUGUAAGAUAAACACCAUAAAGUGUGAGAAUCAAAUUAUUAUGUAUUUAUAUACUCUUAUAGAAUUUUUAAUCGAUAUGAAUUAAAUCAGUCUCAGAGCGAUUAAUGACGUCACUUUGGAGAGUCAAGCAAUUUGAUUAGUCGAUUCACCACAUUGAUGCUAUUAAUUGAUGUCUGAGGACGAUUCUAUUUGUAUCUAUUGAAAAUGCUAAGUGAUUAUUUGCAUAUUAAACAUGUGAAAAGUGUGUAAACAUUGUGACUCAUUAGUAGUAUUCAUAUAAAUCUUUGUUGUCACAUCCUUAGAUUCUUCCUGUAUGAUAUUACUGUAAAUAAAUUUUAUACUUGUUAGUGUA